ACCUGUUAGUGCGGACCCCUCAUGCACUCACAUCCACCUGUUUGUGUAGGAAUCUCCUCCACUCACAAUCAGAGACUCUAUGACGGUGCGGAGAGGAAAGAAGCUCAGCAUCUCCAUCCAGGAACACAUGGCCAUCGACGUUUGCCCCGGCCCCAUCAGACCCAUCCGACAGAUCUCCGCCUACUUUCCCCGCCUGUCCCCUACCUCCCCCGGCCCUGUGUCCCCGAACCCUGCCACCUCCCCCCUGGCCCUCAGCCCUGGCUCUGUGGCCUCUGGGAUGGGUGGGACUCACCUACUGUCCCCUCUGCUGGCCCAUGGCCGGCCCGGCGGUGGCGGAUCUUUGUCUCUGACCAGCAGCGUGGACACAUCGGUGGAGAUCAACAGCUCCGACAGUGACGACUGCACUGCUCUGGGAACGCUGGAGUUUGAGCUAAGAUACGAGCAGAGCUCCAGUGAGCUGCACUGUACUGUGCUCCGGGCCAAGGGUCUGAAGCCGAUGGACUUCAAUGGUUUGGCCGACCCGUACGUCAAACUGCACCUGCUGCCUGGAGCCUGUAAGGCCAAUAAACUGAAGACGAGGACAAUCCGUAACUCUUUGAAUCCAGUGUGGAAUGAAACGCUCACUUACGUUGGAAUCACAGAAGAAGACAUGCACAGGAAGACGCUCAGGUUGACUGUGUGUGACGAGGACAAGCUGACUCAUAAUGAGUUGAUCGGAGAGUCGCGGGUGCCUCUGAAACGUGUGAAACCCGACCAGACGAAACAUUUCCACACCUGCCUGGAGCACCCGCCGCCACUCCCCUCUCCCACCGCCAUGGGUGAAGCCCUUCGAGGAAUAUCCUGCUACUUAAGAGAGUGGGAGAAUGAGCAGCUGCACAGCCUGGAGGAGAGAGGUCGUCUUCUCCUCUCCCUGCAGUUUCUGCCUCCGCUCAGUUCAGAGGAGAAAGACGUAAAUGGAGGAGGAGGGGAAGGAGGUGAAGGACGUCGCAACGGAGGUCUCUGUGUGGGUGUGAAGCGUUGCGCCCAUCUGGCAGCUAUGGACGUCAAUGGGUUCUCCGACCCCUACGUCAAAAUAUACCUGAAGCCAGACAUACAGAAAAAAUCCAAGCACAAAACAGCAGUGAUGAAAAAGACCCUCAACCCUGAAUUCAAUGAGGAGUUCUUCUACGAGAUUUCCCUGUCGGAGCUCACAAACAAGACGCUGGAGGUGACGGUGUGGGACUACGACCUGGGACGCUCCAAUGACUUCAUAGGUGGUGUCUGUCUGAGCUGUCACUCCCAAGGUGAUGGCCUCCGUCACUGGAUGGACUGCCUAAAGAACAAGGGCAUGAGGGUGGAGCGGUGGCACAUCCUGACCAAUGAGCUGCCGCGAACCCUCAGCCACGACUAAACCCGCAGAGCACUCAGUAGAAGAUCGCUGUCAGUGAUCACAUGGUUCACAGAGAUCCUCUUUAUGGGACGGACUCGAGCAACUUCACCACAAGAAUCAGCAGCAAGUGAGAGGAAAAGUGUGUUAUAGUAAGAGCCACCAUGGCCUGUGGAGAGCAGGGCAAAGCUGCAGCAGCAUGGUGGUGUGCCUUCAUUAUUGAUCAUUGAGUCAUACAGAAGAAGAAGCUCCAUCAACACCGUCAACAUUAACACCAGAACACAUACAUACACAACCGCAUUAGACCCAUAUACUCAACUGAUGAGGGGUGGAACUAACAAAGAUUGAAUUGAAACACAGCUGUACUCAGACUAGCUCUUGAAAACAUGAAACUGCAUGGGUUUGUUUUCUACUAUAACGUAAAGAUUUGUUAAAUAUUUAACUACUAUUUAUGUACACCAAUAACCCAAAACAUUCA